AUGGACGUAUAUGUCCAGAUCACGGGUCUGGACUCAGGGAAAAUGCGCGGAGUCAAGGCGCUGCUCGAUAGCGGCUGCAGUACCUGUUGCAUCGAUACCAACUACGCACGGGCGGAGAAGUUGGAUAUUCAAGAGCUUCCACAACCUAUUGUGGCCCGUAACGCCGACAACACCGAGAACAUCAGCAGUCGGAUCACGCAUUACGUUGACCUAAGGAUGAGAAUUGGCCCUCACGUGGAGACACGCACGUUCCUUCUGACGUGUUUAGGGAAAGCUCGGAUCUUCAUUGGUCUUGAUUGGCUGACGGAACACAACCCCAAGGUGGAUUGGCAGGAACAGACCCUGAGAUUCAGCCGAUGCCCAGAGCGGUGUCACAUGAGGGGUCACGAGGAACAUCAAGCAAUGAUUGACAUGGAUGCAAUUGACCUGGACACGGGCAUGCCGGAUCUGGAAGAGGGAGAAUCGAUCCUGUUGGUCGAUUUUGGGAAGGAAGUGGAUCUGCGGCUGAAGGAAACGCCGGCGCAGAAAUUCGCAGAAGAAGCAGAGAAAGAGAAGGAGAGGAUGACCGAGGGGAAGAUUCCGGAUCAAUAUCGGGAAUUUGUCAAAGUAUUCGCCAAGGAAUCGUUUGACUCGCUACCAGACCGACGGGCAUGGGAUCACGCAAUCGAGCUCAAACCUGGUUCCAAGGCAGUGGACUGCAAGGUGUACCCGUUAUCACACAAUGAACAAGUCAAACUCGACGAAUUCUUACAAGAGAACCUGGCCAGUGGACGGAUCAGGCCAUCAAAAUCACCCAUGGCAUCAGCAUUCUUCUUUGUCAAGAAGAAGGAUGGCUCUCUACGCCCCGUCCAAGAUUAUCGGAAGCUGAAUGAGAUGACAAUCCGGAAUUGA